GGAGUCUGGUGGCACCUUAAAGACUAACUUGUUAGACUUGUUAGUCUUUAAGGUGCCACCAGACUCCUUGUCCUUUUUGUCUCCUGUUUCAAUACCUGGUGUGUUGGCCAAGAUACAAAUAAAUCUGUCUAGUUAUCAGUCCAGUCCUGUAGCUAAAUGAAUAAUCUUAAAAUAUAAUUGACUUUUUUAAUGUCAGAAAAUGUGUUAAAUAAUUUAUAAUGGUUAUUAUUCAACUUGCACUAGAUAAGAGAAAUUUUAGUACAUUAUAUUGGUUAAAGUUAUUAGACACUAAAAAUAGGAAAUUAGAUUUAAGACCUUGUGUUUAGGGUAUGCCUUUACUGAACAGUUAACUUAAGUUUUCUACACUUGAGUUACCCGUCUUGAGUUAGCCCAGCUCAAGUGAGAGUGGCUGCACUGUGAUUUAGCACGUGAACUGCCAUGGCCACACUGGCACGUCACUCAUUUGUGUGUGGCACUAAGACUUCUGGAGGCAUAUCUUAUGGUGGUCUGUGGUUUAAGCUGAAGCCUAUAUAUCCUGAUGGACUGGCCAACUCAAGUUGGAAUCACCACCAUGCUUGAGUUACAGGUUUUUGUGUGUGAUGGGACGCAAGUUUAGGGCAACACUUGAAUUAUAAUUCAGGUUAACCUUAUGGUGAAGAUAAGGUCUAAAUCUCAAAUAUCUUUGCACUAGUGGUGUUGUAAUGCACAUGCAUAGCAACAAUAAAUGCUGCAAGUCGGUGUCUCGCAAGAACUUUGCAGGGCAAUAGGUUUAGUCCAAUUAGAGGGCAAUAAACUAAGCCCUCUGAGGUGAAAGACAAAUAAUGACAUUCAUUUAUCAUAGAUCAACUAGGUCUUUAACACUAAUCUUCAGGUUGGCAGCACCUUGAUUUAAGCCAGUCUAACAGCUUAUUGAUAUUCAAAUGGAAUCAAUGAUGUGUAGACACUAAAUACUAGUACUAAAAUGGCAAGUAUUGGUAUUCAUCUUCAAAAAUAAUAGGUGUUAUAGUUUGAGGAGCGUUUUCUGUUAUAUUGAUCUAAGCUGCGAUCUAUAGGUGCACAAUUUAAACUAAAACCUGCAUGGUUCUAACUCUCUCAUGCUUUUUGGCAAUUCUUUUAUGCAAGCUUCAAAAGUGAGAAAAAAUUGUCCUUGACAGAUAUUUCCAACAUACCUAUAGAUUGGCAACAUCUUGAUUAAGAAAGCUGUUAGCACAAUUUAUUAUUUAUGUAACACCAUGAAGCUAACAGCAGUGGUUUCUUAAACUGGGGCUAGCUGAAUAUUGUUUAUAAUCCAAUCUAAUGUAUAAAUUGUUAGAGGCAAAACAGUUUUCAGAUGGAGCAGUUAAAAGGCAUAUAUGACAUAAGCCUAGAACAGCAUUCUUGGGAGUUGGUGGUACCACACUUUCUGCUUUGUUAAUCAAAAAUUAUCCAGAUUUAUAUGGCUUAAUUGUCAAUGGGAGUUUUGCCAGAUUUUGGACUAUGUGCUGAAGGACUAGGCUCUAUGGGAAUUGCAUGUCACAUCUUUGAACAGCUAUUCUGAAUGUGGAGGUGUGAAUGUGUAUGAACAGAUAUAUUGCUAUUUAAUGAAUUAAUUGUUAAUACAGUUUUGUUAAAAGUGUGUCCAUUUUAUUCAUGUACAAACAUGUUAUUUCUCCCUUACACAAGAGAGACAGGGUGAUAUGGUGGAAAAUUCACAAGAUGUAGUUCUCACCCAUGCCAGUGAUUCACUAUUUGAGCUUCAACAAGUCUCUGAGGGCCAAAUUUUCAGAAGUGUGCACUAAAUUCAGGUGUCUCCAUUUUUGGUUGCCCAGCUUGAGAUACGUGGGGCCUGAUUUUCCAUAGAUUCUGAGAAGCUAAAAUCUAAUUCAAGUAAAAAAAUUAAGUCCUAGAUAGGGUACCUUAAUAUCAAAGGCACCCAAAAUUAAUGGAUAGAUCUGAAAACGUGAAGCAUGUAAAUUAGGGAUCUCUUUUGAAAAUGUGGGCUGGUAUCUCUAUGUAAGUCUACAAAUCUAUCUUCAUGUUUUGAAAUUGUUUUAUUGCCCUUGCUUUCUCUGAUGUUUCAUCACAAUAGGACAUCCCUUUUUGAUUCAGCUGUGAUGGUGUGUGGGGGUAUGUGAAAAAAUAUAAAGGACAUGUUGAAUGAGCUAAUAAACAUUCAGGAACUUUUCCACAUUUCCAGACUACAGCUAAACAACUUAUCCAAACAUUUUUUCCCAACUAAUCACCCCCCUGGGGAACUAGGUUUAGAUAGGAACUUCGAAUACAUGCAUCCAGGAGUAAAAGAUGGGUUGAAUUAACAGAAAUUCCCUUAUCAUAAUUAUAAUCUACAGUAAAUGAGUUUAACUGGUUACCCUGGGUCCUCCCCUUUGUAGCCCCUGCCCCCACAGCAUCCAUAGAAUGACUUCAGUUCCUUUAUAAAGCUAGCAGACUACAUGCCACUUCCUUCGCUCACCUGAAACUGCAGGACAUUUAAAUUAAAAGUCCACACAAGUAAGAUUAAUAUGUUUCUGCUGCUGCUUCAUCUGCUCGUGAUCUCAGGUCUUGGAGCACCAGGACAAAGUGGAAAGCUGCAAAGGAACAAGAGGAGAAUUCAGCACCUUUCCUAUCAAGAUAAAUAUUUGCUUGAAAGAGAGGGCCCUAGCAAGUUGCUGGUGCAAGAUCCCAUGGACUAUGAAGAAAUCCUAGAAGAACCAAGUUUAUUUGUAGCAGCACCAGAGCUGGCAACAGAGAGCAGGAAGCAAGGAGAAAAAAAAUCAUCCAGAUUUAUCCUUCCAUAUGUAGAGCUUGAUGUGCACCGAGAUCUGGGAAGCUGGACUGCACCUGAAGAGACCUCCCAUUCUGAAAGCAUGAGACGCUUCCUACCUUCACACUCAGUCAACAAGAAGGAAGCUGAGCCCCCCUACAGGAAAGAUGCUAAAAAAUUCUGGGACCAUUUUAUGUUUAAAAAAAAUUCAGCUUCUGAGGAGGUUGUUCUGCCAAUCAAGACCAACGAUAUGUACCAGGAGACCUGCAGGACGCUGCCUUUUUCUCAGAGUAUUGUGCAUGAGAACUGUGAAAAGGUGGUGGUGCAGAACAACUUGUGCUUUGGGAAGUGUAGUUCCUUUCACGUCCCUGGCCCAGAAGAUCGUCUUUACACGUUUUGUUCCCACUGCUUGCCUACCAAGUUCACCAUGAAACGCUUGGAGCUGAACUGCACCAGGUCUGUCGCCGUUGUGAAGGUGGUCAUGAUUGUGGAGGAUUGCAAGUGUGAGAUUCAGAAGAUUAAAGAUUCUGAUAUAGGACCCCUACAUUCAGACUUGCAUUCAAAUGUAUAUGAGCACAAUUAACCUGCUCAAAAGCACCUUUAAGCCCCAUAAUCAUUAGCAUCCGUGUGAAGAUGUAGAUUAUCUCUUUACAUCAUGUAUAACGUUACCUGAAAUGUAAAAGAUGUUUCACUGUGUGAAAGAGAGGUGGGGGGGAGCAUGGUGUGGAAGUCUAAUCUCUUCAAAAUGUCUCCUCCUUGCUACACUGGGUCAGUUCCGUUGGUGUCAGCGAAGUUGAGAUCCCAAGCAUAUACGAGCCAAAAGCUGUCACCACUGUUUUAAACACCAGGUUGAUUAGACCUGCUCAGAGCCAGACUUUUCUCUGUGAAAAGAGGUGUGUUUUUUACAUUGAGAUAGCUAACUCAAUGGAAUAGUGGAGUAACAGCAUAGGUAGUUAUUACUGUUGUGUAGCUAGUCAAGGUCAACCCUCACAUGGCUGCAUUGAGGUAAAACUACAGUGCUUUGUCUCCACUAGCAUUUUACACUGACAUGGUGAUCUUGAGUUAGCUAUCUCAAUGUAAAAUCACAUAUUUUCUUUUUUUGCACUGAAGACAAAGCCGAAGUCUAAGCAACAAUGCAACUUAAAGUUAGAGCUAGUCUAAUUAUUUUAAUUGACGCGUUUUUGUUUUUUUCAUUGAAGAGGGACUUUUCAACCUAAACAAAAAAUAUUGCUCAAGAUUUUCAUUUUGGUCAAAAUUGUCUGGUUUUUCUGAUGAACAAAAGUUUCCCUUAAAGAACAACUGGCAUUUUCUGAGCAUCUUUAUUUAAAAUGCUCGCAGCAAUUGGUGACCUCAUCUAUAACAUGUAUUCCCAGUAUUGCUAACACUGGUGGAGGUGAGCCACCAUUAGCAAUGGUGGGAAAUCUUUGAGAAAUAUCCAUAGCAUAAACAGGGUUGAAGGUGACAUGUAAUUCCAUUGACUUCUAAGGAGUCAAUCCUGAUUUACACCAGUGUAAGAGGAGAAUCAGGUCCUAUAUAUUAUUGCUAUUACAUGAGAAGAAAGAAUCUUUGUGUAACAAAUACUACCAACAAUAGAGUAUUUUAAAAUAUUAAAAAGUAUGAAGCAGUUGCCUAGCCUCCAUGUUUGCACUGGAGGACUUUCUGGUGAUGCUGAAGACAGCUCAAUAACUGGGUGGGAGUGAGAUAGAUUAAAUACUCAUUUAGAGAUUGGUUUUGCUGCCCUCAUUCAUGUUCAGUAGUACAUUGAAAUGGGACAGUCAACAGAGUAAGGUAUGAUUCAGGUGAAUAAGGCUACCAGAAUCAACAUUAAAUGAUCAAAGAUGUUUCUUAAAAUUGAGUUACAGUACUGUGCAAAAUAGACGCUAAUGUGACAAGGAAGAAUGGAAUGUUGCUGUGUGUACUUUAUUGUUCUCUCUAUGUGGGUAAUUUACAGGAUCUUUCCCUGCAAUGUGAUUAUUUGAAUAUGUUCACUUGCUAUAUGAAUAAGUGGAAGGGAUAUCCCACUCAAUGAAAGGUGACUUACAAAAUGUUAUGAAUUUGCAGGAGCAAAAUACAAUAUUUAUGAAAGUUGGGAUUAAUUGUUCUAUUUUUGCAAAGUAAAUGAACCUGACAUUUAUAACCAACAUUUUUGUAAAAUAACUUGAAUGAAAUAAUUGUGACUCAUUCUGUAAAGCAUUUAGGGUCUGAUUCUGAUCUCACACUGAUAUCAAUCAGAAGUAAUGCUAUUGAAGUCAGUGGAAUGACGCCAAUGUAAAACUGUGGUGAGUCAAAAUCAGGCCCUUAAUAAAAACCUUGUAAGUAGGAGGCAUACGCCUGAAUCACUUUGAUUCCCUAUGUGUCUCUGUGUUAGCCAUCCUUGCUGUUACUGCUGGGAAUGUUCCUUACAUUUCUAGAGCUAACCGACCAACAAGAGAGGUGGCUAGUUUGGGCUUUGUGGAUAGUCAGUUAUCCUGCAGUGAUGGAAAGCUGUUAUUCCACCAGGAUGGGAGAAUUGGUACCUUGGCCUAUGGGACUUGAUAGCUCUGGGGAAAAUCAUCUGCAACAGACGUAAUGAACUCCAGUAAUUUGAAAAUACUUCGACUAUAUCUUCUGAGUAUUAUGUUCAAUAAAAGGACAUUGCCACAGGACCCAAUAAUCUUUACAUGUGAUAUGGAUAUUGAUUAAUUGUGUUUGAUAACUUUCUCCUACUCUUACUGAAAUGUUUUGCACUCCAGCUGUGUAUUCUUGUUUUGCUGAAAAUCAAUGAAAUGGUCAAUCAUUAAAGAAGCAAACAAAUAAUGAGGUGGUAGCUGUCUUGGGAUAGGCACCAGUGCUGUUCUGUAGGAACCACGAGAUUGAAGCCUUGUCUAUAAGGGAGAAAGUUUUUUGGUAUAACCUAAGGUGUCAAUUUAAACGGAUAGUUACACAGGUAUAACCCCCUAUGGACACAGUUACUCUGAUAUGAAUGACUUUUUUCAUUUUCAUUUAUGUUGCUUGUGAAGGGGUUCAAGCAAAACCAAAAAGCCACUCUUACACCACGAUAGGACUGUCUGUCCCAGGGACUAUAGCAGUAUACUAUGCCAGUAUAACUAGUAAAACUAUCCCAUGUAGACCAGACCUGAUUCUAGCCCUGACUCACUCAGCACCCAUGGCUCUUAGCCCAACUUCUGGCUUCUCUUCUCCUUCCUGCUGCUUCUUGCAGCCCUGGCUCGCCAGCCAGCCAGCCGUUCCUCUAGCUGCUUUCCAGAACCCUAGAUUUCAUCCAAUUUCCAACCCUUCCUGACUCCCUUGGGAGCACCAGGCAGUCUGUUCCUGUAUUAUUCCUAGACCCUCUGAUCAGACCCCCUGCUGCUGCCUUACCAACAGCUCACUUUUGGAUGAUGGGAGUUGGAAAUCAGAAGUAAUUCAGCCAAUCACCACUCUGUACUAGUGAGUUCAUUUGCACACAUACUGCAGUGCCAUUGUAAAUCUUAUCUUUAAAAAAAAUAAAU